GUACAGAAACAAAUUUGGGUCGGAAAACAUUUGGAGGGUAUAAGAUCUGGCAUGCUAUUGCUCUUUCACCCUCCUCUGUGAUUACUUUGAAGCUUUGUUCCUUCUCUUUCCACUGCACACAUGGAUCCCAACCAGCCUGUGGGUGAAAACUACGCCAAUCCCAAGACAUGCUUCUUUCAUGUUCUCUUCAAGGCUGCAGCCUUGGCAUUUUACAUUCUCUCGGCUCUCUUUAUUGAUAACUUUGUCAUCAUUUUUGUGGUGACUGUUCUUCUGGCUGCACUUGAUUUCUGGGUAGUCAAGAAUGUGAGUGGACGAAUCUUAGUUGGGUUGAGAUGGUGGAAUGAAAUCAAUGAUCUGGGUGAGAGUGUUUGGAAAUUUGAAUGUCUUGACCAUGAGUCUUUGGCUCGGAUGAACAAGAAAGAUUCAUGGCUUUUCUGGUGGACCCUUUACCUUACGGCAAUUGCAUGGAUUGUGCUAGCAAUAUUCUCACUCAUAAGGCUUCAAGCAGAUUAUCUCCUUGUUGUAGGAGUUUGUUUGACCCUCAGCAUUGCAAAUAUUGUUGGUUUUACCAAAUGCAAGAAAGAUGCUAAGAAGCAGAUUCAACAAUUUGCCUCCCAGACAAUCGCCUCUCGCUUCUCAUCUACCUUACAGUCAGCAUUCAGUGUUGUCUGAUUAUUGCUGGAAAUGCAAGCUGAGCCGUGCAUUAUUGGAAGUAAUGAGAUGCGGUGGAAGUUUGUACAGGAUUAUUUCGGCCAGCAUCAGAUUGAAACCUGACCACCUGUUGAUCUUGCAUAGUUCUGAUACAGCGAAUGCAAAAUUUUGUACUUUUUAUAUGAAAUGGCUCGAGUGAAUUUGAUAAUCGAAUUGCAUAGGACAACAGUUUCUUAUCUUUAGCUGUAAAUCAUGUUUUUCUUUUGCAUCGGAGGUUUGUAAGACUUAAAUUCUGUAUUGACUACAACAAAUCUUUACAGCUUACUAUCAUGAUAUUGACUCAUGGAAAUUGGUGAAUAAUUAUAAAUGGAUUUGGAUUUUCUCAUGUUGUCAAAUC